AUGGCAACGCCGGGACCCAGGGGAUAUUCAACCAGCCGUGUGUUCCCGGCAUCACUCCACUGCCUGACGUUUGGCGACGCCUUUGACCAGCGCAUUGAUACGGUGUUGUGGCCAGCAUCGCUCAAGACGCUGAUCUUGGACGGAAGCUCCAACCAACCGAUUCACCGCGUGUGGUGGCCGGCUGCGUUGGAGAGGCUAAGACUCUCAGCAGAGUUCAAUCAGCCAAUACACGACGUGAAAUGGCCACGUUCACUUCACGAGCUGAGUUUCCAGGAGGCUUUCAAUCAACCCAUCGACCGUGUCAAAUGGCCAGCGUCUUUGAAGAGACUGGUCUUCGGGUUCGACUUCAAUGAGCGGAUCAACGGGGUUGUCCUCCCAGCUUCGACGCAGGAGGUAAGGUUCGCGACAUACUUCAAUCAGCCGAUCCAUAGCCUCGAAUGGCCUGAGUCUGUCCAGAGGCUUAUCUUUGGGAUUGAUUUCAACCAGCCUAUUGUCGACGUAGUGUGGCCAGCUUCGCUGGCGCAGGUGGAGUUUGAAGCAAAUUUGAACGAAUCCAUUGCUAAGGAAGCGUGGCCAGUCUCGCUGGAGGAGCUGAAGAUCGGGUGGGAGUUCAAUCAGCAGGCCAGUGGACUUCGUCGUGUGGCCUGUGUCACUACAGGAGCUGUGCUGUUCAACGGCUUGAAUCGGGAGAUCUACAACGUAUCCUGGCCGGUAUCUCUGCUCAGGCUGACCUUCGGCAUGCACUUCAACAAGGCGAUCGAAAACGUUUCGUGGCCGGAAUCGCUGCAAACGUUAGUGUUUGGCAUGCGCUUUAACCAGCCGAUUCGAGACGUUUUCUGGCCAGAAUCUCUGCAGACGAUAGUUGUUGGCAAGUGUUUCAACCAACCGGUGAAAAGCGUGCGGUGGCUUGCAUCGCUGCAACAUCUGGCCUUCUCCGAUGACUUCAACCAGUCUUUCGACGGGGUAUCUUGGCCGGCGUCGUUCCGGAAGCUAACACUCGACCAAGGCUUCCCGUCACUACGCCUCGAUAGCAUCACGCCUUCUGUCUCCCUCGAGCACCCGAUGGCCACAAACCGUCCUAGUGAAACGUUGCCAGUCUGGCCUGGCGUAGAGGUCGAAUUGGCCUGGGGGAGUAGCCCAUUGGUGUGA